CAAAAAUCUAGAGAUUACUGCUCGACAAUGCGGGUGUUACGGUGUAACGUACACCGUCUUGGGAGAAGACACUCGGUGUCAGUAUUGAAAGCGGAAGUCGAGUCGAGUCGAGUCGGGGCGCGUCCAGCAUCAAGAAGCAGUAUUUUUCGCCCCCUUUCGAGUGAGUGAGUAAGGGCGAGCGUGUAUCUGGAUUGCCGUCGCGUGUGGUGUCCAUCGGCUACGGCGCUUGCUCCGUGGCCAUUUCUCGUUACUUUGCCGGUUGCGGACGCGCCGCGUGUCCGUCCGCCCUCGCGGCUGGACCCAGGAACAGGAACCGGAAGCUUUCCAUAUAUCGUCGGUGUGUCACGUGUUGUACUAUGAUCAAGAGUGAUGGUCACUGUGGACUAUGGACGAGACGCAGAGCGCUGCUGCUCGUCGCAUUAGGUGUGCUGCUGCUGUCGCUAGGGUUCGUCGUCGAUGCUCGAGAGCCUGUGGCGCCUGCAUACUCGUACGCCGUGGCCCAGUCCCCAGACGUAGUGGUGGCUGGUGGUCUGGAUGGCCGUGUGUAUGCUGUCAACGCCUGGUCUGGCGAAGUCCUGUGGUCCUUUGACUCUGGUGGCCCUAUGGUGGACUCGUCACAGUGUCUGAGCGUAAGCCCAGCCACGACGCCAAGCAUGCCGCCCAAUUAUCACUCGGCAGCUGCGAGUACUACGCAGCACGAACAGGCAGAAGCUGACGUGGACGUCGACGGAAGCGUCCAUGUCUCGACAACAGGUGCAGUAAGCAACGAAGUGGAGGAUCGUUCGGUGAUUCAACAGCAGUCGGCGUCAGCGCAGGCGAUGGCAGCCAGCGCGGCCUUUAUGUCACAGUUGGUACCGUCCUAUGAUGGCAGGCUGUAUCACUUUUCCAAGAGCAAAGUGAAAGAACUAGGGAUGACUAUGGCUGAUCUCGUCAACGUGAAUGGUCCCGCGCGUGUGGUUGUGAGCUCGACUAGUGGACCUACUGUGGACUCUUCUGCAGCGGAUAUUUUGCUGUUCGGUGAGAAGAAACUGGAGAUGUUUACGUUGGAUGCCAUGAGCGGCUUUCGUCGCCCUUACUCGUCGUCUACAACAUCGUCUGUGAUGGCUAGGGAGAUUCUGUUUGGCCGCUCAGAGUUUACGACACGAGCUGUUCACCCUCGGAAUGCUUCGUCCGCCCGCUGUUUCAAGAUCUCCGAGUUCUUCCUGGACUUCGCGCAACAGGCUCAUUGCACUGUCGGAGAUAGCGGUAACAACAUGGUUCCUGAGAUUCUUGUGAUGCCGAAGGAUCCUAACUCUGCGUUAGAUGACGAAGGAUCUACCAUUGUGGCGUUUGAUCCGUGGACUAGUGAGCAACUGUGGGAAUUUGAGAUCCCAGACUUCGAUGUCCUCGCUGUGUACGGAGUAUCGACGACGCGUGGAGCUACAUUCUACAAGUGGAAAGUGGACGGCCCGUCUUCAACUGCUACAAGUCGAUCACGAGCGCCAGCUCAGGUUACAGAAAGUGGAUUGAAUCAGCGACAAAACCGACUUGAUGCCAGCAACAAUAAGGAACUGACGGCUGCUGAAGUUGAAGUACAGGGUAAGCAGGAGUCCAAGCCUCACAACCAACUAGUUCGUGUGGUUUCGCGCACAUGGGACGCCAUGGAAUCUAGUUUCAGGCUGCGUGUAUUGGGGGAUAACUACUUUCUCGAAUCCAGUGAAGACGACGGCGUGGUGGAUCACGGCAGUAACCAAGCUGCACAUGGUUCGCCAACUUUUCAUGGACGACAAGCCGACAAUGUCCACGACUUUCAUGAAGAGAUGGAUCCUCACCGUCGUCGGAGAAUAUUUUGGGAGCCCAUUGUGAACGAUGGCAAGCGGGGAGUGUUCAUCACGUACACUCAUGUUGGGGCAAUGUUGCUGGGUGUAGCGACCUGUGGCAUCUUGUUAGCCUGGGGCUGCUACGUUAAGGGCUUAUCAGCCUCGAUAGCGCAAUCAGCUAUCAAGACUAUGGACCAGAGUCAGUUCUUUACCUCACAUGUCCACCGACUUAUUAUCCAGCGACCAGGAGAGGACGACAUCACCAUUUCUAGUGUGAUCAGUCGUUCGCUCAUGAUGAACGCGUUAGGUGUGGAUGGUCAGGUGCCACUGCUGGAGAAUGGCGAGCCUGUGAAUGUUUUAUCGACCGAACUCAACGCCAACGCUGCUCCAGCGGCCGACUCUAUGCUGAUGGAAAAGUUCUCCCGCUUAGCCGCCAAUGAAGCUGCAGCGAUCCUUCUCAAUGGUGGUCGUAUCGGUGCCAAGCAGAAGCGUCUACCAGUUGAUCCAGAUGCUGAUUCCAAUGCAACUACGGCCACGUCUUUAUCCUCUGCGUCGUCCCUGACUGAUAUGAUUGUCAGAGGUGUCUCUACUUCGUCUUCAACUGUCCGUAUUUCCAACCAGGGAGCUUCACUUGCUGACAGGAAACGGCUCACUCUCCCGUACGCUGGGGAUAAAUCUUUGUCGGAAGAAGAUGUUUCAGACGUCUAUGAGGUGAAAAUGCUGUCUGAAGACAACGGAGAGUUCCUGUCUCCAGCUUCUGAUCACGUGUUCGACAAUGACCGAUUCGAGCUGGCAGAUUCGGACGAUGAUAUCUUCUUUGAAGGCGAGGACUCUGCAGCAACUACGAAUGGAGCAAAAUCGAUUAGCUCGUCUGGAGAGUCGACAACGGGAAGUUGCAGCAGCAACAGUGACAGUUGUAACAGCCACGCAAUGAACAAGUCGAAUGGCAGCGAUGCCCUCAGCUUUAUGCGCGAAGAUAUCACCACAGAUGAAAAGUCGAGCGAGGAAAAGUCCAGCGCUCUGGAGUCAUCUGAAUCAUCCUCAGCUGAGUCAGGUACCACUCCAAAUGAGGCCGAGGUUCUCUUCCCGUUUGUAUGUCAAAGUCGGUUCGUGAAUGAGUUUGAAGAACUGUCAGCACUUGGCAAGGGUGGUUUUGGUCAAGUCAUGCUCGCUGAAAACCGCCUGGAUGGACGCAAAUAUGCGAUCAAGCGCGUUGGGUUGAACCUCAAGAAUCAGACAUCCAAAACCUUGCAGAAAUUCUUGCGCGAGGUGAAGAUUCUGGCUUUAUUGGAUCACUCGAACAUUGUGCGGUACUAUCAGGCGUGGUUAGAGAAAGUUGAAGAGGACACAAAGAGAACGUCUGUAGCCCCAGCUUCGGCUUCGUCCAACACAAGCUCUUUCGGUGGUCUUGCCAAUGCAAAAAACUACUCGACUAGUAAUUUGCUUGCACCGAUUUCCGAGCUCGAGUUUUCAGGAAACCAGCGGCAGUUAGAGACUUUUUACAGCAACGGAAGCAUGAUGAGUGACAAUGACGAUGGCUUUGACUGGGAUCGAGGGUCGUCUUCUGGUGUGGAAGAUGAUAACGGGUGGAAGGAAGAAGAUCUGGUGGUGCAGAAUAAGCCACGCACAAGAAACGCGCUUUCUCAUAUGUCGUCGUCCCGCUCUCCAGGUGAUCAUGGUAGUGACGAAGACUCUUCGUUUAAUGCAGCAGAUAAGUGCGACCACUGGCUGUACAUUCAGAUGCAGUACUGUGCUGGUCGCAACUUGGCCGACUACCUUGCUGUGCCUACACGUCCAAUGGAAUUGUCGAGGAUGUUGAAGAUUUUCGUGCAGAUUGCCAGUGCAUUAGCACAUGUGCAUUCUUGCGGACUGAUUCAUCGCGAUCUGAAACCAGCGAACAUAUUCGUUGCUGACGUUGAGAGGGAUGAAAUUAAACUGGGAGAUUUUGGACUAUCGCGCUACGCUGCAAACGUCAACAACCUGAAUGCAUCCGCUUCUCUGGACGAUACCCAACAAGGUCCUCCAUCUUCUGUUGGUCUUCGGGAAACUCCAUUGUCGACAUCGAUGUGGUCCAACAUGUCAGAGAGCAACGAGGUCACAGCGGGUGUUGGCACGUAUCUGUACGCAAGUCCUGAGCAGGUUGCUGGCAAGAAGUACAACGCCAAGACUGACAUUUACUCGCUCGGAAUGAUCCUCUUCGAGCUGUGCCACGAGCGGUUUGGAACAACAAUGGAGCGGUAUAUUACUCUGCGUGAUGCUCGAGACAGCAUAUUCCCUGCUGGUCUUCGCGCUGCCAAGAGAUGCCCUGAGAUUCUGGACAUGCUGCGUAAGUUGUUGAGCCAUGACCCGACCACUCGACCAACCGCCGAUGAAGUUGUUCAAUGGGGACAGAUGAUGUACGAGACGAGUCUUGCUCAGAAGGCCAUGGACGUGGUGCGCUCGCCGCGCAAUCUGGAUAUGGCGAGAGCUGUGGCUGCCGCGCAUUUGAUGCCAGGUAUUGACCACUUGAUGGCCGGUGUACCUCUUGAAGCGAUAGCCACAACCACUUUUUCGCUCAAGGUUGAGGCUGCGAUGGAGCAUUGCAGUGGCGAGGACGGUGGUGAGCGCCGCUUGCCCAACCAUAAUUUAUUGAAGCAAGUGUGCGACGUGAUCGCUGAAGUAAGCAAUGGGAAGGUCGAGAUCAAGAAAUGUGGGCUACACAUGGAGAGCGAGGGCGUGACGAUUCUUGAGUUCGAGCUGGACCCGCAGGCCGCACUUGCAGAUGCCCCAGGCAGUGAUGUGGAAGGUUUCGUGGUGGUGGCAAUCGAGGCUCUGGCGGGUGUGCAGAUCGUGCACCGUGUGAACAAGAUUGCGUAGCACCGAAAUGCAAGUGACGAGCAGUGGCCAGAGGCAAGAAAAAAAAUGAGUUAGUUUAGUUCAAUCGAGUACAAUACAAAAAAAAUACCGGGCCUACUUCAAGCAGGCAUGAAUCAAUCCAGCAGUAAUCUCUUUGUUUAGCCUCAUUCCCAGCAACUUAUGAUUCAAC